AUGGAGUUGGAUUUUGCGAAAGCCGUGCUGGCUUACGCUGCUGAUGUGGGUGAGGCUGAUGAUGCCCCCACCACGUAUCAGCAAGCCAUGAACAGCGAAAAUGCUCCGGAAUGGGUGAAGGCGAUGAACGCGGAACUCAAAGUUCACUUAGAGAACGGUUCGUGGGUGCUUGUUCCGAAGAAAAAGGACGUUCGGCCGAUUGGAUGUCGAUGGGUUUUCGCGAAGAAGCGCAGUGAACUCGGGCAGGUUGUGCGUUACAAGGCUCGACUCGUCGCUAAAGGCUUCAAGCAGAAGUUCGGUGUUGACUUCUUUGAGACAUACUCAGCUGUGGCGAGCAUGAACUCCAUUAGGGUCGUGUUGGCUGUGGUGGUUGCGAUGGGAUACGUGACGGAGCAGCUGGAUGUCGACACGGCCUUUCUAAACAGUAACCUUACGGAAGAGGUCUACAUGGAAGUACCACAUGACGACGGUACACAGUUAUACACCCUCGUCAACAGUAUGACGGGGGAGGAAGAUGGUGGCGUCCGCCUCGAGGCUAUGCCUGCAGUAGAUGGUCUUCUUGAGCUGGAAGAGAUGUCCCUUUAA